UUUACUCUUCUGUUCUGUCUUUUAGGCUUUAGCUCAUCUAAUUAUUAUUGCUCUGUUUCUUGCACUUACUCUGUUUCUAUGGAUUCUAAUUCCCAAUUCUUUGGAGAAGGUGAAGAAUGUAACAGCAGUGAAUCUGGAUGGACAAUGUACAUUGGUUCUCCUUCAACUGGUGAUGACAAUAUUGGGGAUUUUGAUGAAUUAGAAGACGGUAAUUAUAACAAAGAAGGUCCCGUUAAUGAAGACGAUGAGGAUUGUGAGACUGAUGAUUCAAUGGCUUCUGAUGCAUCUUCAGGACCAAUUAGUAAUUUUUCAAGAAAUGGGAAGAGUGGUGGUGUUGCUACUAUGGUUAAUUUCAAGAAUUCAAAGGAAAAGGGGAAGGAAAAGAAUGGCAGUUUUAUUAGCAACAAAGCCAAAAGUUCAAUGAAGAAUGGUUACAAAAAUGAUGAUCAAGAUAAGGUGAAAGAGUCUAUCAUUGCUGCAAAAGGAACUAAAGGUGCAUCCAAUGGUGGUGGUAAUAAGGUUAGGAAAAGUAUUUGGAUGGGCAAAGGGAAGUAGACAUUAUAGUCUAUUAGUUAGCGUUUGACUAUAGAUUUUUUUUUAUCACAACCACGAAUGAAACUUGAGUUUUAAAUAUUUUUCAGUUCCCAAAAACUGAUUCACACUAGUGAGAAAAUUUACUUCAACUCACAACUUUUUCCAAGUAGAACGCAAGUUCAAGAACUCAGAUUUUCAAAUUUCAACUUCAAAAUCUAUGGUCAAACAGAAGCUCAAAAGUCUUAUUUACUUUAGAUAGUAUUAGUACUCUUAUGUAUCUUCCUUUCUUCUUUUUUUUUGUUAGUGCAUUAACAUUGUCGUCCCACACAUUGUGUCAUGUUCUUGUGUUAUUAGUAAAAUGCUUAUAA